AUGCAUGAGCAGAACUAUCUCAUGCACGACUUGGAGUUAGAAGCAGUGGUCUUCGUACUGAAGACAUGGAGACACUAUCUGUAUGAAGUACAGUUUGAGAAAUUCACAGAUUAUCAUAGCUUGAAAUACCUCUUCUCUCCAAAAGAACUCAAUCGGAGACAGGGGCGAUGGGUUGAGUUCAUCAAGGACUACGAGUUUGCGAUUCAGUACCAUCCAGGAAAGGCUAAUGUGGUAGCAGAUGCAUUCAACAGGAAGCGUCGGCAUCGGAUUGUGGCUCUGAGUCAAGAGGAGCGGGAUCUUGCCAGCGAGGCCAAGGGGCCUGAUGACAAGACGGCGGUGAUGCUACGGAUGUGGUACGACGGAUCUGAAACGGGUGAAGCAGCGGAUCUGGAUGGCGUGGCUGAAGGGGACAGCGACGACGUCGCUGCAGGAGAGCAGCGGUGGCACGAUGGCGAGGUAUCAGGCUUCUACCUCUGGACUCUGUACAGAUACAUCCAUUACCUUGGACAUGGUGUUGAGCUGUUACCUUACCAUUUAGCUCCAGUUCACCUGAUUCUAACCAUUCGACAAGAUUCAUUGAAGUACAUGCAUGCAGAGAAGGCACUCUUCUACGUGUACACACAUGCAUGGCAACAAAUGUACAAAAAUGUUUUCUCAAUUAAAUAUAGAGAAGUAAAGAAACAAAAGAAAGGAUCAAUCGACAAGGCAUCUACCUCAAUAUUCAAAUGA